AUGGCAUCCCAGGUUUUCAGCCGUAUAGGGUGCCUUGGUGAUUCUCAUAACGAUACGCAGAGACGCUCAGUCUCCCCUUCUCCUAAACUAUCACCCACAAUUAGAUCCAUGGGCAACAACGGCGGAGAUAUGUCAACAUCCAACGAGACUCCCCUGGACGGAGAAGUUAGCAAUGUAGACGAGCCAGCCGAAAGCAAAGGGAUUACCUUUGCGAACCAGAACUCGUUGCCCAAGCUACCUAUACCAGACCUCGAGUCGACUUGUGCAAAGUAUCUGGAGACUCUAGCCCCACUGCAGAGCCCAGAAGAACGUGUAGCAACAAAAGCUGCAGUGAAAGAAUUCAUGGAGGUCGAAGGGCCUGAACUUCAGGAAAAGCUGAAGAAAUAUGCUACUUCAAAGUCCAGCUAUAUAGAACAAUUUUGGUAUGACUCUUAUCUGAAUUUUGAUAACCCUGUUGUCCUCAACUUGAACCCGUUCUUUCUGCUGGCGGACGAUCCAACACCAGCAAGAAACAAUCAAGUAACGAGAGCUGCCUCCCUGGUUGUUUCUGCCUUGUCGUUUGUUCGUGCCGUACGCAAAGAGGAGCUUGCACCGGAUACGGUACGCGGCAAACCGCUUUGCAUGUUCCAAUACUCGCGGUUAUUUGGAACGGCACGAGUUCCAACACCUCAUGGAUGCGUGAUUGGUCAAGACUCUUCAUCGAGACAUCUCGUUGUACUAUGCCGGGGUCAGUUCUACUGGUUCGACGUCCUGGAUGAAAACAACGACCACCUGAUGAGUGAAAAAGAUAUCUCGAUGAAUCUCAAGGUGAUUAUUGAUGAUGCACAGCAGACACCAGCUCAGGAGGCGGCUAAAGGGGCUGUAGGUGUCUUGAGUACAGAGAAUAGGAAAGUAUGGUCAAAGCUGAGAGAUAUUUUGACCCAUGAUGCCACCUCAAACAAUGCAGAAUGCCUGAAUAUCGUUGACACUGCCUUGUUUGUUCUCUGUUUAGAUUCUACGGAGCCCUCCAACGUGGCGGAACUCUGUGGAAACAUGCUCUGUGGCACAAGUGAGAUUGUUCGAGGGGUGCAGAUUGGAACGUGCAUGAACAGAUGGUACGAUAAGCUACAGAUUAUCGUGUGCAAAAACGGCAGCGCAGGGAUUAACUUUGAACAUACUGGUGUGGAUGGUCAUACCGUCCUUCGCUUUGCUAGCGAUGUUUACACGGAUACCAUCCUUCGUUUUGCCAGGACUAUCAACGGCCAAGCACCGAGCCUAUGGGCAUCUAGCAGCCCUACACCAUGCAAACGCAACACGGCUAACAGUCUAGACGAUGCCAGUACGACGCCUCACAAGCUCGAAUGGGAUAUGGGGCCUGAAUUAAGUACGGCUCUGCGGUUCGCUGAAUCUCAUCUCGCAGACCUGCUGCGCCAGCAUGAGUUCGAGGCCCUGGACUUCGCCGGGUAUGGGAAGAAUUUUAUAACUAGCAUGGGCUUCUCGCCAGAUGCAUUUGUGCAGAUGGCGUUCCAAGCAGCUUAUUAUGGGCUGUACGGACGUAUCGAGACGACGUAUGAACCCGCGAUGACGAAGUUCUUCCUGCACGGAAGGACGGAGGCGAUUCGCACAGUCUCCGCCGAAUCAACGGAGUUUGUUAAGACGUUUUGGGGCGAUAACCCGGCGAUAGAGAAGGUGAAGGCCCUGAAAAGGGCGUGUGAGAAACAUGUAGAUUCAACGAGGACAUGUUCGAAGGGAUUGGGCCAGGACAGGCAUCUUUACGCACUCUACUGUCUUUGGCAGAGGUCCUUUGGGGAUGGCACUGCGGUGUUGGUUAGUACAGACGACCAGUCGUCCGCAGUUGAUACACCAGAGGAGGUGCAUAUCAGCACGCCCAGCUCCCGCAGCAGCCGUCAGCCACCGAGGACACCUGCGCUGUUCAGCGACCCAGGCUGGGAGAGAAUCAAUAACACAAUUCUCUCGACAUCGAACUGUGGGAACCCGUCACUUCGACAUUUUGGAUUUGGACCGACGUCCGGUGACGGGUUCGGAAUUGGAUACAUCAUCAAGGAGGACACUAUAUCCAUCUGCGCGUCCUCUAAACAUCGACAGACCAGCAGAUUCAUGGACACGCUGGAUUUAUAUCUGGUUGAGAUCCGCAAAUUACUGCGAGCAACAGACCAAUCGAGAGAGAAACGCAAGGCGACCGUCUCCGUUUCCGCACAGAACCAGGCCGCAGGGAAGUCCGAACGAAAGGGAAGAGUGAUCAGGACGGAAUCCCUGGGCGACAUGGAUGGCAUGGAGAGUGGUGACGACGAUGGGAUGGGCGGCUAUGGAUUCUUCGAUGCGGGAAUGCUCCUGCAUGCGCUCAAAGAAGUGAGAACGGGUGAGAAGGAGGACGGCAAGGCAUCGUCUCCCCGACGCCUGGUGGGAAAGAGCCUGAAGCUCAACGAAUACUAG